AUGCAGAACCAGGGUUUUGAUAACAUACAGUAUUACAAAACAGGAGGAUCUAAUCCUAAUGUCUCGAAAGACACGAGGCCAAAGAAGACCGGCCACAGGAUUCAAUAUAAUUCUGCACAAGGACAGAUCUACAGUACACCAUCACCACAUGGAGUUAUGGUAACACAACAGACCACCGUGGUCCCAGCUACCGCACAAAAUAACAGCAAUUGGAUGGUUCCAGCAAUCUUUGUGACCCUCUUCUGUUUUUGGCCCACUGGGAUUUUCGCCAUUGUAAAUGCGAGAAGGUCCAAACACGCAGCACAGGGAGGAGAUUUAGCAGGAGCGGCGUCUUAUGCACAAAAAGCAAAAACAUUUGUUAUUGUAUCGAUCGUCCUGGGUAUCAUUGUAAUCAUCUCCAUCGUCGCUCGGUUUGUCUAUGCCUACUCUUCAUAAUGAUAUUAGUCUUUGAACAUUAUUGUAUCACAUCUUCAUAUAAAAAGGUGUAUGUCUUCUACUUUAUUGCAUUCACAUUAAAUAUAUAACUUGUAAAUCUAAUAA